UUCUGUCAGUCAUCUCUUUUCUGUUCACUCAUUUACUUUUCAGAGAAGGCAGUCAGAUGUUUUUCUCCUCAUUAAUGGGUUUGAAUCAUCCGGUGGAGACCAACUGAGAGACAAGAAACUGAUUCAUCAUUAAGCACUUGUCCUUCAGUUCAGAGUGAAACGUAACUCAACCGUAGAGCAUUGAGAAGCCGGUGUUUCUGAGACUACAAGAAGGUCCACUAUACAGUAAGUUCCAUCACAACUCAUCCAGCUUGGGCCGUUCAAUAUCUAAAGGUAAGAGACAAAAUAUCUGCAAUACUAACCCCCCUGAUUCAACAUGGUUUUGUUCCAGCCCAACACUAACCCCAGCUUGGGCCGUUCAAUAUCUAAAGGUAAGAGACAAAAUAUCUGCAAUACUAACCCCCCUGAUUCAACAUGGUUUUGUUCCAGCCCAACACUAACCCCAGCUUGGGCCGUUCAAUAUCUAAAGAAUGAGAAAAAGGACCAGGAAGAAGUCAUAAUGGUUCUAUGGUGUCUCUAUGUCAUCCUGCUCCUCCCCCUACUAACCUGCUCCAGCCAACCACAGUCCUGUCUGCAGUGUGUCAAUGACUUCAUCAGUAACAUCACGUGUGUGUUGAACAACACAUGCAUACCCCCAGACAUACCGUGCACUCUGCAUGGUGAAUACCCCGGGUUUAAAAGGCAAUGUGAGAUGAAGUCCUUGGCCGGUUUCAACACAACCUUGAGAGGCGGCAGUCUGGUCUUUGAGGGCAAUCCAUUCUUUUGGGAAGAGGAUAAAAUAUCCAUUGUUGUACGGUGUGGACAAGCAGAAGAUUAUGUGAUACAGAUUGAAUACCUGUAUCAACCAUUUAACCACAUUAAAAUGCAUCCCCCUGGCAAGCCGACUGUCAUCAAUGCCUCAAUCGCCUGGACACCAGGAGCUCCCAUUUCAGAAAUGAUAUUCAAAUAUGACUUCCAACUACAGUGGAAACAGGAGCUACAUCACUGGGAGGAUGCUGUGGAGGUGAACAUAUCAAACAAACAGAUGUAUUUUGACCUGGACCCUGAGAUGCUGGAAGGAGGAAGGAGGUACCAGGUCAGAGUCCGGGUUCGAGCCGACCCAGACGAUUACCCAGCCUGUCAGUGGAGCGACUGGAGCCCCAGUGCAUCAUGGGUCUCCACUCUGGGCCAGAUGAAGCCAGCAGGUAGUCCUGAUGUUCUAGACCAGGACUUUGUGGUGGUCACCUUGGUGGGAGCUGUUGUUGUACUGGUCCUGCUGGUCUCCAUGUUGCUCUGCAAAGGAAAGGUCAAGAAGAUUCUGAAUCCUCCUAUACCAGAUCCCUCCAGGUACUUUGAGGGCCUCAACCUCAAGCACGAUGGAAACUUCAAGGCUUGGCUGGGUCCUUUGUUUGCCCUUGAAUCCAACAACUCUGCCUCGCACUGUGAAGACAUCUCCCAGGUAGAGAUCACCGACAGCCUGGACAACGUCACCCCCUUGAGGACGACACCACCACAAGAGAAGAGAUGGGACAACAGUGGCCACUCCUUCUGCUCCGGCUUCUCCAACUCCAGCUACUUCUUAUCUCAAUGCUCCCAGCCUGGAUCCACCUCCAUCAAGCUGGAACCCUGCUCUGUACACUCCCCUUACGGACCAGUAGGGGGCACUACUGAAAUGAUAGAUGAGUGGAAGGAGGAGAACAGAGGAGAAAGGAAGGAUAGUAAUAGAGGUGUAGGGGGGAAGGCAGAAGAUAUCAGGGGUGGAGGGAAAGAUGGAGAGAUGUUGGGUGGAGGGAAGGAUGGAGAGAUGGGGGGUGGAGGGAAGGAGGGAGAGAUAGGGGGUGGAGGGAAGGAUAGAGAGAUGUUGGGUGGAGGGAAGGAUGGAGAGAUGGGGGGUGGAGGUGUACUUGAAGGCAUCAGUGCAGGUGAAGAUAUCCUCGAGGUUUCUUCUUACGGGCGUGUUGAGAAGCUCCAGGCCGAGCGUCGGGCCCUCAUGAGCCCAGAUUCAGGCAUCGGCAGUGGGGCAGAGGAUCAGGAAAGUCAGGAGAGCGUGGAGGAUGCGGUCGGGCCUAUUGCAUCCACCCCCCAUUUUGUCUCUCAGGACUUCCAUCUUGUUUCGCUUCUUCCUCUUAUCAAUAACAAUAACUUUACAUUCUGCUCCACCCCCUUACCCAUUUCCCUGUCCGCUUUCCCCCAGCUUCCCUUCACCCUACCUGGGUUGGAUAGUGUAGGGGGAAAGGGUACGGAGAUGGGGGUUGGAGGAGGUUCUCUCACAAUGUCUUCCUCCUAUGAACGUGUGGAUAAUCUGCAGCUCCAGGCCCAACUCUUGGCCCCUCAGAGCCCAGAUUCAGGCAUUGGCAGUGGGGGAGAGGAUCAGGAAAGCCAGGAGAGCGUGGAGGAUGAGGUCAGGCCAACUGUGACCCCAUGUAACCAUAUCCCUCUUAUUACCACUAACAAUAUAUUUCCCUUCUGUUCCACUCCCUUACCUAUUCCACUGACCAGUUUACACUUCCCCUUCUCUGGGUUGGGGUUGGCUCCAUCCCUGGGUAUGAGAACCAGUCAUCCAGGCAGGCUGAUCGAGGAGAUGUCUCUCCUGUCUUCUUCAAUGGCAAUAGAGCCCUCUAGUGGCGGCUACAUGCCAGUGAAAGAAGCUCAGAGCUGAGCUUUGAAAACAUUUCACCAAGGUCUAGGUUUGGAAAAGUCUUGUAAUUUUCCCAAAAUUCCCUGGUUAUCCAGAAAUCCUGGUUGGAGGAAGCCAAGAUGGUAAUCUCCCAACCAGGAUUGAGAAAGUUACUAGAAUAGGGGGGUCAAAAUUUUUAGAACACCUACUCAUUCAAGGGUUUUUCUUUAUUUUGACUAUUUUCUACAUUGUAGAAUAAUACUGAAUACAUCAAAACUAUGAAUAACACAUAUGGAAUCAUGUAGUAACCAAAAAAGUGUUAAACUAAUCAAAAUAUAUUUUAUAUUUGAGAUUCUUCAAAUAGCCCCCCUUUGCCUUGAUGACAGCUUUGCACACUCUUGGCAUUCUCUCAACCAACUUCACCUGGAAUGCUUUUCCAACAGUCUUGAAGGAGUUCUCACAUAUACUGAGCACUUGUUGGCUGCUUUUCUUUCCCUCUGCGGUCCGACUCAUCCCAAAGCAUCUCAAGUUGGUUGAUGUUGGGGGAUUGCGGAAGCCAGGUCAUCUGAUGCAGCACUCCAUCACUCUCCUUCUUGUUCAAAAAGCCCUUACACACCCUGGAGGUGUGUUGGGUUAUUUUCCUGUUGAGAAACAAAUGAUAGUCCCACUAAACCCAAACUAGAUGGGAUGGCGUAUCACUGCAGAAUGCUGUGGUAAACAUGCUGGUUAAGUGUACCUUGAAUUCUAAAGUAAUCACGGACAGUGUCACCAGCAAAGCACCAUCACACCAUAACACCUCCUCUUCCAUGCUUUACGGUGGGAAAUACACAUGCAGAGAUCAUCCGUUCACCCACACCACAUCUCACAAAGACACGGCGGUUGGAACCAAACAUUUUCAUUUUUGGACUCCAGACAAAUUUCCACCAUUGCUUGUGUUUCUUGGCCCAAGCAAGUAUCUUCUUAUUAUUGGUGUCCUUUAGUAGUGGUUUCUUUGAAGCAAUUCAACCAUGAAGACCUGAUUCACUCAGUCUCCUCUGAAUAGUUGAUGUUGAGAUGUGUCUGUUACUUGAACUCUGUGAAGCAUUUAUUGGGCCUGCAAUUUCUGAGGCUGGAAACUCUAAUGAACUUAUCCUCUGCAGCAGAGGGAACUCUGGGUCUUCCAUUCCUUUGGCUGUCCUCAUGAGAGCCAGUUUCAUCAUAGAGCUUGAUGGUUUUUGCAACUGCACUUAAAGAAACUUUGAAAGUUCUUGAAAUGUUCCAUAUUGACUGACCUUCAUAUCUUAAAGUAAUGAUGGACUGUCAUUUCUCUUUGCUUAUUUGAGCUGUUCUUGCCAUAAUAUGGACUUAGUCUUUUACCAAGUAGUUCUAUUUUCUGUAUACCAUCACUACCUUGUUACAACACAACUGAUUGGCUCAAGCACACUAAGAAGGAAAGAAAUUCCACAAAUGAACUUUUAACAAGGCACACCUCUUAAUUGAAAUGCAUUCCAAGUAACUGCCUCAUGAAGCUGGUUGAGAGAAUGCCAAGAUUGUGCAAAGCUGUCAUCAAGGCAAAGGGUGGCUAGUUUGAAGAAUCUCAAUUAUAAAAUAUAUUUUGAUUAGUUUAACACUUUUUUGGUUACUACAUGAUUCCAUAUGUGUUAUUUUAUAGUUUUGAUUUCUUCACUAUUCUACAAUAUAGAACAUAGUAAAAAUAAAGAAAAACCCUUGAAGGUGUUCUAAAACUUUGACGGUAGUAUAUUUAACCCCUUUUUUUUUGGUAGGCACAAAAUUACCUCCAUACUUCCAUAAGACAUUUUAAACUGAUACCGGUUACCUUCAGGUGACUCCCGUGACACUAGUGUGGGUCAUAGAGAAAAACACAUACUGCUUUCUUGAGAAUCUCCCCUUUCCACAGUGGGAUCCAACGUGUUCGUGAGAGUCUCAUCUUUCCAUAUUUUAUAGGCUAAACCGUUCAGACGUUUUCGUGAGAAGAUCGCUUUUCGUGGAUGUCUCAUGGUCUGACAAACACCGCUCUAGCUCUGUCACCUUUCACCGCAGAUGCGGAAGGGCGAUAUCGGCGGAUUCAGAUAUAAACAGAUAUCUCUAGCUUAAACCGACAGGUUUUAAUGGGUAUUUUUUUAUUAUGUUACUUAGAUUGAUGCAGCGGUACCUCCAUCGACUCUAGGGAGUUAAAGGGGCAAUCUGGGAUUUGGUAUAUCCAUUUGUUGCUGUUUGAAUCACAGAUUGCCAUAUUAUUGUGGUGUGUGAGGUAUGGGUAUGUUUUACAUAGAUCCAUACAUUCAUAGAUAUGUAUAUAGAUAUGCAUGUAUAGCUGUGGUUCGAUAGGAUGGUAACAGGUGAGUGAAUAGAGACAGACAUUUAGUGUUCAUUGCUUUGUGUUACACAGAGUCAUAAAUAGUGUUUUGUCUUGUAGACUACUUUGUUAGUUUACAAACUUCUUACAGCUGAAAUCCCGUUAACGGGAUAGAUAUGACAACAGCCAGUGAAAGUGCAGGGCGCCAACUUCAAACAACAGAAAUCUCAUCAUUAAAAUUCCUCAAACAUACAAGUAUUAUACACCAUUUUAAAGAUAAACUUCUUGUUAAUUCCACCACAGUGUCCAAUUUCAAAAAAGCUUUACGACGAAAGCAUACCAUGUGAUUAUGUUAGGUCAGCACCUAGUCACAGAAAAACAGCCAUUAUUCCAGCCAAAGAGAGGAGUCACAAAAAGCAGAAAUAGAGAUAAAAUUCAUCACUAACCUUUGAUGAUCUUCAUCAGAUGACACUUAUAGGACUUCCUGUUACACAAUACAUUUAUGUUUUUUUCGAUAAAGUUCAUAUUUAUAUCCAAAAAUCUCAGUUUACAUUGGCGCAUUAUGGUCAGUAAUGUUUUGCUUCCAAAACAUCCAGUGAUUUUGCAGAGAGCCACAUCAAUUUACAGAAAUACUCAUAAUAAACAUUGAUAAAAGAAACAAGUGUUAUGCAUGGUAUUAUAGAUAUACUUCUCCUUAAUGCAACCGCUGUGUCAGAUUUCAAAAAACCUUUACGGAAAAAGCACACCAUGCAAUAAUCUGAGUACAGCGCUCAGGCAACCAAAACAAGCCAUACAGAUACCCGCCGUGUUGUGGAGUCAACAGAAGUCAGAAAUAGCAUUAUAAAUAUUCACUUACCUUUGAUGAUCUUCAUCAGAAUGCACUCCCAGGAAUCCCAGUUCCACAAUAAAUGUUUGUUUUGUUCGAUAAAGUCCGUCAUUUAUGUCCAAAUACCUCCUUUUUGUUUGUGCGUUUAGUUCACAAAUCCAAAUUCAUGAGGCGCACUAGGUCCAGACAAAAAUUCUAAAAGUCCCGUUACAGUUCGUAGAAACAUGUCAAACGAUGUAUAGAAUCAAUCUUUAGGAUGUUUUUAACAUACAUAUUCAAUAAUGUUCCAACCGGACAAUUCCUUUGUCUUUAGAAAUGCUUUGGAACACAGGUCGCUCUCACGGCCACACGCGUGACCAGCUCAUGGCCUUCUGCCAAACACCUGAUUGAAACAGCUCUCAUUCGCUCCCCCUUCACAGUAGAAGCCUGAAACAAGGUUCUAAAGACUGUUGACAUCUAGUGGAAGCCUUAGGAAGUGCAAUCGGACCAACUUUACACUGCAUCUUGGAUAGGCAAAGAGUUGAAAAACUACAAACCUCAGAUUUCCCACUUCCUGGUGGGAUUUUUUCUCAGGUUUUUGCCUGCCAUAUGAGUUAUGUUAUACUCACAGACAUCAUUCAAACAGUUUUAGAAACUUCAGUGUGUUUUCUACCCAAAUCUACUAAUAAUAUGCAUACCUUAGCCUCUGCGCCUGAGUAGCAGGCAGUUUACUCUUGGCACCUUAUUCAUCCAAGCUACUCAAUACUGCCCCCCCAGCCAUAAGAAGUUAAAAAGACAAAGAAGAAAUAGCCGUUGAGUUUACCACUCAUAUCAUAUAGUUGCCAUUAUAAAUGCUGAUUGGCUGAAAGACGUGCUAUAUCAGACCGUAUACAUCUCAUGUCAUAUGGUUUCUGUUGAUCUGCUCAGGGAUACGUUUUUAUACCACUUCUAAACACGUUUCUACCUCUCAUGUCAGUACUACAUCUAUUUAUGAUAUCAAUAUGAUACUAUGAUUGUGCUCCCAGUAAAUACUGAUCUGAUACUGAUAAAUCUCUCAGUAGAAAUGAAGAAUGUAUUAUUAUGUUGUGUAUAACAUGGCCAUCUUGAAUGUAAUGUCUCUGAAAAAUCAUGAGGAAAGUGGCUGAUGUUCCAGACUGUUUUUUUGUUCAUUUAAGAUUACAUUUAUUUAACCAGACAAUUCAAUAACACAUUUAAAUAAUAAUGUUGAUAAUAUGUGUUUUAAACAAAUGUAGUGCUGGUUUAUUGCACAGAACAACUUUGCAGUUCAAAUUAUUUUUUGGUUUUGUAAAUGAUCAUUACUCUAAGUUAGAACUGAAAAAGUGUAUAAGGCAGCUGAAUUGUAUUACAAUCUUAUUGACAGCAAUUGAUAAAGAUAUGUAUUGUCUACCAUAGACUGUUUGACUGUGUUUUUGAUAGGGUAGGCCGUCAUUGUAAAUAAGAAUUUGUUCUUUAACUGACUUGCCUAGUUAAAUAAAGGUUAAAAUAAAUAAAAUAAACUGA